UGUCGCAUUUCAAUAUCACAUAUAAUAGUCUGAUUUGUUCUUGUUUAAGUAACCUUCUGAAAAGAAAAAGAAAAUAAAAUCAUCAUUUCGACUUAAUUCUUCCAGUUGCAAGCGGUUUCAAGAAAAAACUUUGUGUAAAUCACCUGAAAGAGCAAGCAUUAAAAAAAAUAUUCAAAUGCAGAAAGCAAGUAUCUAGAAGAAUCAUUUUCUAGGCGCAGGAGAUCCGUUUCAGAGAUUGAGUCUUCAGUAAGCAAACAUGAGUAAAGAGCUGCCUGGUGCUUCCGGUGGAGAAAGAGGAGGAGAAGGAGAAGGAGAUGAUGGGCGCAAGCAGCCAUCGGUUGCGUUCUACAAGCUCUUCUCGUUUGCGGACCCUGUCGAUAUCAUUCUAAUGGCUGUGGGAACAAUUUCAGCCAUUGCAAAUGGGCUCUCAUUGCCCCUCAUGAUCGUCAUAUUUGGGCAGCUCAUCAACUCCUUUGGAACAUCCAACCAGAACAACGUGGUCCAUGAAGUGUCCAAGGUUUCUCUCAACUUCCUGUAUUUGGCUGUUGGGGCGGGUGCUGCAUCCCUCUUACAGGUGGCUUCUUGGAUGAUCACUGGAGAGAGACAGGCUGCUCGCAUUAGGGGCUUGUACUUGAAGACAAUACUAAGGCAGGAUAUUGCAUUCUUCGACAAGGAAACCUCGACAGGGGAAGUUGUUGGGAGAAUGUCUGGCGACACCAUUCUCAUUCAAGAUGCCAUGGGUGAAAAGGUUGGAAAGUUUCUACAACUUGUAUCCACAUUUUUUGGGGGCUUUGCUGUGGCAUUUAUCAGAGGUUGGCUUCUUGCAUUAGUUAUGCUGUCCUCUGUUCCUCUUGUGGUGGUUGCUGGUGGAUUCAUGACUGUCGUAAUGUCAAGGAUGGCAAACCGUGGACAAAAAGCUUAUGCAGAAGCAGGCAACGUUGUAGAGCAGACAAUCGGUGCUAUUAGAACGGUUGUGUCAUUUACUGGUGAGAAGAAAGCUAUUGAGAAAUACAAGAAAUCUUUGAGAACCGCAUAUGUCGCCGCUGUUCAUCAAGGAAUGGCGGCAGGAUUAGGCCUCGGUUCUGCGCUGUUGGUCUUAUUUUCCAGUUAUGCAUUGGCUGUUUGGUAUGGCUCUAAGUUGGUCCUUCAUAAAGGUUAUAAUGGGGGACAAGUUAUCACUGUAAUGCUCGCCGUAAUGACUGGGGGAAUGUCUCUGGGCCAGGCAUCCCCUUGUUUGAACGCCUUUGCUGCAGGUCAAGCUGCCGCAUACAAAAUGUUUGAGACCAUCAAGAGAAAGCCUGAAAUUGAUGCCUCUGACCCAAGUGGAAUGGUGUUGGAGGAUCUCAAGGGUGAUAUUGAACUGAGAGAUGUGCACUUCUGCUACCCCGCAAGGCCUGAUGUGCAAAUAUUCUCAGGCUUCUCACUCCACAUACCAUGUGGUCUUACUGUUGCUCUGGUUGGAGAGAGUGGAAGUGGAAAGUCGACUGUAGUCAGUCUAGUUGAGAGGUUUUAUGAUCCACAAGCUGGGGAGGUUCUCAUAGAUGGAAUCAAUCUCAAGAAGCUGAAGCUUGGAUGGAUCAGAGAGAAGAUUGGGCUUGUAAGUCAAGAGCCUGUUUUAUUUGCAACUACUAUAAGAGAGAAUAUUGCGUAUGGGAAAGCCGAUGCUACACUUGAAGAAAUCAAAGUGGCAACAGAGCUUGCAAAUGCUGCUAAAUUCAUAGACAAGUUGCCUCUGGGACUUGAGACACAUGUGGGUGAACAUGGAACCCAAAUGUCUGGUGGGCAAAAACAGAGGUUGGCUAUUGCAAGAGCAAUAUUGAAGAACCCAAAGGUUUUGCUACUUGAUGAAGCCACGAGUGCACUGGAUGCUGAAUCAGAGCAGAUAGUUCAGGAGGCUUUGAACAGGAUAAUGGUUGACCGGACAACUGUUGUCGUUGCCCAUCGGCUAAGUACUGUGAGGACUGCUGACAUGAUUGCAGUGGUGUACAGAGGAAUGAUAGUUGAAAAAGGUCCUCACUCUGAGCUCGUCAAAGACCCCCAAGGACCAUACUCCCAGCUUAUCCGUCUACAAGAGGCUAAUCAAGUAGAAGAGGAUUCAUCAGUAGAUCCCAACAAAGUGGAAUCUAGCUUGGAUUUGGGUAAGUCAUCUACCAGAUCAGGAAGCCACAGGUUCUCUCUCAAGCGCUCGGUAAGCAGAGGCUCAUCCAGUAGGGGAAGCAGCAGGCAUUCCUUCUCUAUUUCCCUUGGCUUGCCUGGAGCUGUCAGCUUUCAUCAGGAAGCCAAUGAUGCGGUGGGUGGCAAAGGAGAAGGUGGAUCUGAGCAUGUUCAAGAGAUAGGGAAUGAGGUUCCAAUCUUAAGGUUGGCAUGCCUCAACAAGCCAGAGUUGCCAGUUAUUUUCUUGGGUGCGAUUGCUGCGGCAAUCCAUGGAGUUAUCUUCCCUGUGUUUGGGGUAUUAAUUUCAAGUAUUAUCAAAACCUUCUAUGAACCACCCCACAAGCUUCGUAAGGAUAUUAAUUUCUGGUCCCUUAUGUACGUGGGACUAGGAGUGGUUUCUUUGCUUGUGGCACCAGCACAGAAUUACUUUUUCGGCAUUGCCGGGGCUAAAUUGGUCCAACGAAUCCGAGCAUUAUCAUUUGAGCAUUUAGUUCAGCAGGAGAUCAGCUGGUUUGAUGAGCCUGAAAACUCAAGUGGAAUGAUAGGGGCAAGGUUAUCAGGUGAUGCUGCAACCGUGCGCAGCCUUGUGGGAGACGCCUUGGCACUUGCCGUCCAGAACAUCUCAAGUAUUACUGCUGGUUUGGUCAUAGCAUUUGUAGCCAACUGGCAGCUGGCUUUUAUCAUUCUGGCUCUGUUGCCUUUUGUUGGUCUACAAGGAUAUGUCCAGAUGAAGUUCAUCACGGGCUUCAGUGCUGAUGCUAAGAUGAUGUAUGAAGAAGCAAGUCAAGUGGCAAAUGAUGCAGUGGGGAGCAUCCGUACAGUGGCAUCUUUCUGUGCAGAGCAAAGAGUGAUGGAUCUUUACAAGAAGAAAUGUGAGGGCCCGAUGAAACAAGGAAUCCGUCAAGGUGUCAUUAGUGGCGUGGGAUUCGGUUUCUCUUUCUUUGUAUUGUUCUGCACUUAUGCUCUCUGUUUCUAUGUUGGUGCUAUUUUCGUGAAAGAUGGGCGCACUACCUUCAGCCAAGUUUUCAGGGUUUUCUUUGCCUUGACAAUGGCAGCUAUUGGAGUUUCGCAAGCUAGUGCAUUAGCUCCAGACUUUGGUAAGGCCAAGGCCUCAACAGCCUCCAUCUUUGCGAUCCUCGACAGGAAAUCAAAGAUUGAUUCAAGUGAUGAUUCAGGAGACAAGCUUGCAAGUGUAAAGGGAGAUAUAGAAUUCCACCAUGUCAGCUUCAAAUACCCAACCCGUCCAGAUGUACAGAUCUUCCAAGACUUGUGUCUCUCUAUUCCCUCGGGAAAGACAGUGGCUCUAGUGGGAGAAAGUGGGAGUGGGAAGUCGACAGUGAUCUCCCUUUUGGAGAGGUUCUAUGACCCUGACUCGGGGCAAAUUACGCUUGACGGGGUGGACAUCCAGAGGCUCCAGCUAACUUGGUUGAGGCACCAGAUGGGCCUUGUGAGCCAGGAGCCCAUACUCUUCAAUGACACCAUUCGCUCCAACAUAUGUUACGGGCGUGAUGGCCCCGUGCCUGAGGAUGAGCUUAUUCGUGUGGCAGAGUCUGCCAAUGCCCACCACUUCAUCUCGAGCCUCCCUCAGGGCUAUGACACCAAGGUUGGGGAGAGAGGUGUGCAACUCUCUGGGGGCCAAAAACAAAGAAUAGCCAUUGCAAGGGCCAUUUUGAAAGACCCGAAGGUGUUGCUUUUGGACGAGGCCACGAGUGCAUUGGAUGCGGAGUCGGAGAGGGUGGUGCAGGAGGCAUUGGACCGGGUCAUGGUGAAUCACACGACUGUGGUGGUGGCCCACAGGCUGUCAACAAUCAAGGGGGCAGACAUGAUUGCGGUGGUGAAGAAUGGGGUGAUUGAAGAGAAGGGGAGGCAUGAGACACUCAUCGGGUUGAAGGAUGGGCUCUAUGCAUCGCUAGUUGCACUAUACAUGAGCUCCGCUAACUGAUUUGAGGCGAGCGAGGAACUGAAUUCCUUUCUUGUUUUAUUGUGUUUGGCUUGACAAUGGAUGGCAAGGAUGACAAGCUUUUCAUUCAUCCUCUCUUUUGUAGAGUAAAGAUCAAUAGUCUCUUUACCUCUUCUCUCAUUACUCUUGGAGCUUUUUCCCUUUUUUCAUGCUUUGACUGUAACAAAGACGUUUGUAACUAGUGCAAGUUUCAAAGCGGAAGUGUCUCUGUCCAUAUCAGGGAGGGACCAGUACUGGUACAUGACGUUUGUGGCCAAUAUAUAUCAAGUGCGAGAUCGAGAAAAUAAAUUGAAUACGAUAAUUUUUUUCAUU